AUGUCAUCUGUGUUCCUAUUAAUCGGGCUAUGGGGACCUUGUGCAUACUCGGUAUUCAAUGGAGGAGAUAGAUCCUUUGAUAUAUUUAAAACUAGCUCGGCUGGGACAAGGACUUUUGUAGCAAAGUCUAUGUUUAAUACAUCUGUCGUUACGUUUUCUAAGAUAUAUGCAGUCCUGAGAGUUCCAGCUCUUUUAUAUUACUACUACAGCAGGUCAAAACUGAUGGGAGAAAAAACUGCGAUUUUCAUAGAAUCAUUUCUCCUUGGAAGUGAAGUAUAUCUUUCUGUAGCAUUACUUGUCAUACUUCGAACAAAGCAUAGCUUUCUAUCUGAGUACAAAUCUCUUGACAGCACGAAUCUACUAAGCUUCUGCCUUAUGUUUCAUGGAUUUCUCACAUAUACCAUAAACACGGUUGCGAUUCCAUUUCAAAUGACUGAAUUACACUAUCAGAUUGAGCAAAGCCUAAGCUUUGGAGCUAGGCUUAUACUUGAUAUGCUUCUAAUAUCUAUGUUUUGCCCGAUUAGAGAUCAAUUAUUCGAUAAUUUUCCAGACAAAUAUGAAAAGAACCAUGAGAUAACAAGGGUUGCACGGCUAGAAGACUCAGGGCCCAUAGUCCAGGAGAUUGAGAGUGUUAUCGAAUUUGAAGAAAAAGAAAUAGGCAAAUAA